AUGUCUCAACAAACUAUUACUAUGAUAAAACCUUCUCGUGGUGCUGAUCAAAUGUUACUUGAUGGAUAUAAGUAUCGUUUAGAUCGAAACAAAUGGCGUUGUACAAUCAGUAAGUGUCCCGAUCGUUUAAAUUCCGUUAAUGGUGUUCAUAAUAUCAGUAUUGAUCAUAAUCACGCACCAGAUCCUGAUAAGAUUACUGCUGCAAUAUUUAAAUCAACUAUUAGAGAUAUAACUCCAGAUGAUAUCAGUUCACUUCCAUCAUAUCAAGCGUCACAACGUACAAUCGAAAGACGUCGUAAAAAAGCGGAUCAUCCAUUACCAACACCACAACAGCUGAGUGAUAUUCAUUUUCCGCAAGAACUUACUCUUACAACAACAAAUGAACGCUUUUUAUUAUGUGAUAUUAAUCAUCAUCAACACAGAAUUAUUAUAUUUGCAUCGGACAAAGACCUUGAACGUUUAUCGAAUUCAGAAAGAUGGCAUUGUGAUGGCACGUUUAAAAUUGCACCUCAAUUAUUUCAUCAGAUGUAUACAAUUCAUGGAAUAAUUAAAAACAAAAGUGUACCGUUAGUUUAUGCAUUCUUAAGCGGAAAAUCACAACAAUUAUAUGAAGAAAUGUUUAACGAAAUUAUUAAUAAUAUUACCAAAGAGCCAAAAUUUGUUACUAUUGAUUUUGAAACUGCAGUAGCCAAUGCUCUUAAAGCAACAUUUCAAAAUGUCACUGUUUUUGGGUGUUUUUUUCAUUAUAAACAAGCAGCAUGGCGUAAAAUUAUGCAACUUCGAUUAACAUGCUCUUUCUUGUAG